GGGCUUGAUAUAUGCUCACAGUGUGAUACUUGUUGCAUUAAACGCAUUUUUAUCCCAUCGGCUAAGCGAGAAAGGCGGUUCAUCCCGAAUAGCCGGCUUUUUGCGGGAACCUUUCCCAUUAAUAACAAAGCACUUUUAUUACACCAUAUAAGAUAAGUGUUGGAUUAAUUCUACUUAUAUCAAUGAAUUCUGACAGACGACAACAUCACUGAAUAAUUGUUAUUCGUGAGAAAUCUGUAGCAGCGAGUGAAGCAAAGUUGGUGCGCGUUGCGUGAGACUUUCAGAACUUAUAAACUGAAACCAUCUUAGUAACCACCAAUUAUCAUCAUGCAUCACAAUUUUGAAGUAAUAGAAGAUAAAUCUCCACCAACUGGCAACAAAUUCGUGAGAUUUCUGCGCAGCAAUGCUUUAACCCUCUUUACAGUAGGUGGAGUCUUGGUAGGGGCGGCAUUGGGGUUUAUAUUAAGAGCGGCUAAAGAUGACUGGACAGAACGUGAAAUUAUGUACAUUGGAUUCGUUGGCGAUAUAUUUUUGAAAAUGCUUAAAUCGCUGAUCAUUCCUUUGAUCAUAUCUUGUCUAGUAUCAGCAAUUUGCAGUCUGGAUCUUACACUAUCCAAAAAGAUAGCAUUUAGAGCCAUUGCAUAUUAUCUAACCACCACAUUCGCGUCUGUUGUGCUUGGUAUAAUUGUAGUAAUGUCGAUUCAACCGGGGGUUGGAAGAACUCUUAGUACUUCUAGCUCGACAUCACUGACAGAACGAAAUAUUACUACCGUUGACACACUACUAGAUCUUAUCAGAAAUAUGUUUCCACCAAACUUGAUUGAGGCAACAAUAUUCCAGUAUCGCACCACCUUGACUCCGAAAAACGAUUCAGAUAAUGAUACGUACAACUUUACGAUAGGAACGGAAAUAAAUCAAACUACUAAUAUUCUGGGAUUGGUAGUCGCUUCCGCCGCUAUUGGCAUUGCUUUAGGUCAAUUGGGAGAAGAAACUAGAACAAUGGCAAACUUUUUCCAUAACUUAUUGACAAUGAUGAUGAAAAUAACGUCCUGGAUAAUCACGCUUUCGCCGAUAGGUAUUAUGUUCCUCGUCUGUGCCGAAAUAUUGGAAAUGGACGAUAUGGCGUCUGUAAUGAGUGGGCUGGGAUUAUACUUUUUAACCGUGAUGAUAGGUUUGUUUAUACAAGGAUUCAUUAUUCUGCCGCUGUUGUAUUUUGCGCUGACAAAAAGAAAUCCUUUCACAUUUAUUAAGUGUCUCGGAUCGGCUAUAGCUACUGCCUUUGGAACAGCUUCUAGUACGGCCACAUUGCCACUAACGAUCAAAUGCCUUGAAGAAAAACUUGGUAUAGAUCCUAGAAUAGCUAGAUUUACCCUUCCAAUUGGAGCUACAAUUAAUAUGGAUGGAACAGCGUUAUAUGAAGCUGUAGCUGCCAUAUUCAUUGCCCAGGUUCGAGGUGUGUCUUUGGACAUUGGCCGGAUUAUUGCCAUUAGUAUUACUGCUACAGCCGCUAGCAUAGGAGCAGCUGGUAUCCCUCAAGCCGGCUUGGUUACAAUGGUAAUGGUGUUGGACACUGUAGGAUUACCUGCUGAAGAUGUUACACUCAUAUUGGCGGUCGAUUGGUUAUUAGAUCGAUUCCGCACUGCUGUGAAUGUGAUGGGAGAUGCAUUCGGUUCAGGAGUGGUGCAUUAUAGAAGUCAGAAAGAACUUCAGACCCUUGAUACCUCCGCACCGCCAACCCCCCGACAGAGUAUCGUUAGUACCUCAAAAGACAGGGAUGAUUUAAACGCAUCUACCGAAAAUGCCACUUUUGAUCAAAGAGUCUAAUGCUUGUAGCAUUUUAAUUAUAUCAUAAUGAAUGUAACGAAUUAUACUAAACUUUUUUUAUUGUGCCAAUAAAUGAUUUAAAUCCG